AUGGUUUCUCGUCGGGCCCGCAAGGGUAUAUCUCGCGGUGAGCGAGAUCGGAAGAAAGAACAAAAUAAGAACUUAGCUCAACCCUCUGCAGUACAGAAGAAGCUGCCAUCGAAGUCGAGAAGGGAUCGAAAGAAGGCAAUUCAACAAGCUUCAAAAUCUACCGCUGGAAAUCCGAAGGAAAUACACACAACUCCUCAACCUGGCGAUAUCUACAACGGGAUCCCAACCACGGCUAUUGAAAAGGUCUUCUCCUUAGCCCUUCAAUACCGACAUAUGAACCCCAGCAUAGAUGUCAUCACCAGCCUUAGCAAGACAAAACUAGACAGAGAUAUCGUCUCUUGCCUCAUAGAAUCGGCACUUCGACUUCUUCCUCCACCCACUACACCAGAAGGAAUCAAAAAGCAACAACAACUAUCUGAAAGAAAGAGAGAACUUGCUCAAAAAUCUGAGAAUGAAUUCAUCGACGCUCUUCGCAAAAAGGGUUACGAGUUCCUAACUGAGAAAGAGCAACAAAAGAAGGGAGAUAAGACCGGGGUAACUCCCGACGUCCGAUUUAAAGACCCUGUCAAUAUCUCUGGACAUGUUUGUUCUUGGCUGGAAUAUAAGAGCUUUUUCGGGUUUCGAAAAAAUCCUUUUGUAGCCACGAAAAAUAGGAAGCAGUUGAGGAAGUAUGCGAUGGAAAUCGGACCAGGUGCUGUCGUGUACAAAUUCGGGUAUGAGAUGGGGCAUUUGGAUAUGGAUGGAGUUAAGGCUUUUCGUGAGAGUGAUCUUUUGGCGUAA